AAUAUACUAAUUGACAAGAGAGGCCAUGCAAGGCUGAUUGAUUUUGGUCUUUCCACCAUCAUCCAACCCCUUCUCGGCCAGUCGCACUUGGCUAUGUCUUCUAGGCGCCCGGGCGCAAUCCGCUAUGCAGCACCAGAACUUGUUCUACCAGAGGAUGCCCAUGAGCCCCCAGUGCCUCUGGAAAACGCUGAUAUCUGGUCUUUUGGUUGUAUAAUGCUUCAAGUUCUCUCGGGUCGACUGCCUUGGUCCGAGAUCCGAGGGGAAGCGUUCAUCAUCGUUAGGAUGUCGCAUGGUCGUGGACCGCAACGCCCCGACGGUCAUGAUCCUGCCAUAAUAGACUUGGAUUGGGAAUUCAUCCAAACAUGUCUGCACUUCACACCCGAACUUCGACCUUCAGCAGAAGAAGUGCUUGACUUUGUCAUACAUAGGUUUUCCACCCCAGGUAAUGCUGCAUACUUCGUGGUACUUUGCUGUUCAUCCACUUACACGAGCUUCUCCUUCCCAGGUAAUCCUGCAUUGUUCGCUGCUUUGCCAACCACUCACUUACAUGAGCUUCAAGGCUCUUCUGAAUCGCCUGACGAUCCUCCCGAUGAUGCAGGAGACAGCUUCCCGCAGGCGGCAGGUUCCCUGUCUGGCGAUUAUGGUAGCUCGAAUACAGCAAAAACUUGA